AUGCCCGACCUAAGAGGAAAAGUGGCCCUCAUAACUGGCGCCUCGGCGGGCAUUGGCGAAAGUACGGCGAAGCAUUUUGCUUCGCUUGGCUGCUGGCUCUCCCUGACUGGGCGGAACACAGCGAAUCUGGAGAGAGUGGCUGAAGCUUGCUGCGCACAGGGGCUUCCGCGGGACAAGGCAACGCUCAGCUAUUUGGCUCACUUCGUGUUACAUCAUGUGUACUUCCUUAGUACAUUGCUGCCUAAUUCUUUCCAGGUUCUUGUCGUGCCUGGUGGCAUAGCAGUGCCAAAGGAUGUCGCAGAUGUGGUGCAGAAGACAGCGAAGCACUUCGGCAAAAUUGAUAUUCUCGUUAACAAUGCGGGAAUUGCUGCACGAGGAUCCGUUCAAAGUGCCUCAGUGGAAGACUUCAAACGAUCGUGGCAGACGAACUUCCUCGGUCCUCUCUGCAUGAUCAAAAACGCUGUGCCCUACUUGCGUCAAGCUAAAGGUAGCAUCGUCAACAUUUCUAGCAUUGCAUCGCUGAUAACGGUGAGUGAAAAAUCAAAUAUCAUCACAACACUCCGUUGGUCGACCUUUAUGCACCUUGUACCCUUUGUACCACGCUAUUACAGCUUUAAGCAGCAUUGCCACCCAUGGCGCAGACUUCUUCCACCGUCUUUGAAGCGGACGGCAGACUUGGGCGGCAGUAGAAGGUGCUCAGCGUGAUAAGCGGGCUUUGCGAACUUCUAGAGCUUUCAGGAUUCUCAGUCGAGCAUUUUUAACUUCAAGUAGUAACAGAGCUACCACACACAUAACGAACUACGCAGUGAUGACACAAAAGACGCCUUCAGAUGCUUAUUUGGUGAGACAUUCGGAGCGCAACCUCUCAUUUCUUAUGUAAUGUAUUUUGGAGCAUCCCAAGCGAUGAUACCAAACAGUAGAAUUGUUAAACAAAUGCAUGCAAUCAUCUCUUUCAGUCUGAGCGGUUUCUGCAUGCUGCUCGUCUAUUAAGUAAAUAAAUACAUAAAUCAGCGAGUGAAUCAAUCAAUUAUUUAAA